GCCCCGAACUUCCCCGGCGCCGCGGUGCCCCCGUACGCGCUUCCGUUGCUCUGACGCUCCCGAGCCCGGGCGCGGGGCUCCGAGCGCCGGUGCCCAGCGGGCCGCUGACCAGCCCACCCGCUCGCCGCUCGCCACCGCACCCGCCCGCCGGGCACCGUCAGCGCCGCGCCUCGGCAUGGAGCUCCGGGCCAGGGCGCCCAGAUGCCCGGGCCCGUAGGCGCGCGCCGGGCUAGGGGCUGUCGGGGGGCAGCGGGCGCCGGGCUAGGGGCUCCCGGGGGUUGGGCGCGGUGGGCGCCGGGCUAGGGGCUCCCGGGGGCCGGGGGCAGCGCCCGGCUGGGUCCCCCCGCAGCCCCGGCGCAUGGAGGCGCGGCGGGCAGCUUCCCGGCCCCGGCCGCUGGCCGCGCUGAGCCGCGGGCGCCGGGACAGGUGUCGGGGCCGCCGUGACGCUGACGCCGCGCUCCCGGGCCCGGGCUGAGCGCGCGGCCGCGCACUGUCCCCGCGGGGCCAGCAGGCGCUGGGGAGGCGGCCGGGCGCUGCCCGCUGCUAGAGCCCGUGCUCGGUGCCCGCCGCUUCUGCCCGGUGCCGGUGCCCGCUGCCCGCCGCCCGCCCUCCGCCGCCUGCUGCCCGCUGCCCGCAGCGCGCCGGCCCCGGCGGGCGCCCCCAGCCGCUCCCAGACCCUCCUGGCCGUGCGCGUCCCAAGCACGGGCGAGGACGGCGGGCCCGGGCACCGACGCCAUGGACGAGUCGUCCCUGCUGGACCUGCUGGAAUGCUCCGUGUGCCUGGAGCGCCUGGACACCACGGCCAAGGUGCUGCCGUGCCAGCACACCUUCUGCCGCCGCUGCCUGGAGAGCAUCGUGUGCUCGCGCCACGAGCUGCGCUGUCCCGAGUGCCGCAUCCUGGUGGGCUGCGGCGUGGACGAGCUGCCCGCCAACAUCCUGCUGGUGCGCCUGCUGGACGGCAUCCGCCAGCGGCCCCGCCGCGCCGCCAGCCCCGCCGGCCCCGGCCCGGCCGCGGCCUCCAGCGCCCCCGGCUCCCCGCUGUCCCCUGGCCUGCGCCCGCUGACCUCCGGCAGGACCGCGCCACUCGCCAAAAAUCCCUCCCAGCUUCCCUAUGGAAAAGCCCUCUACAGCUAUGAGGGAAAGGAACCUGGCGACCUCAAGUUCAACAAGGGCGAUGUGAUAGUCCUGAGACGCAGGGUGGAUGAGCACUGGUUCCACGGAGAGCUGCAUGGGGUACAUGGCUUCCUGCCUGCCAGCUACGUGCAGUGCCUACGGCCCUUGCCACAGGCCCCACCCCAGGGCAAAGCACUUUAUGACUUUGAGAUGAAGGACAGAGACCAGGAUAAGGACUGCCUGACCUUCACCAAGGAUGAAACUCUAACUGUGAUCAGAAGAGUGGAUGACAACUGGGCCGAGGGCAUGCUGGGGGACAGGAUCGGGAUCUUCCCCCUCCUGUACGUGGAGCUCAACGACUCUGCCAAGCAGCUUAUUGAGAUGGACAAGCUAUGCCCAGCUGCCACGCCUGGCUGCCAUGCCUCCCUAUCCUCCGACCCUGCUGCUAUGGCCGGGGUGUCCCCUGGCCCCACUGGGAACAGCACAGGGGCGGUCAGUGCCUUCCAGCGGCGUGCGGAUGGCAAGAAGAAUGCCAAGAAACGACAUUCCUUCACUGCACUCAGCGCGACCCACAGGUCCGCCCAGGCCACCAGCCACAGGCAUUCCAUGGAGAUUAGCGCUCCGGUUCUGAUCAGCUCCAGUGACCCGAGGGCUGCAGCCAGAAUUGGGGACCUGGUUCAUCUUUCAUGCAGUGCUCCCACCCAGGACUCCUCAUCAGCUGGACCUUCCCCAGGAGCUGAACAGCAAGGCACAGCUCCCAAAGUCCAACUGCCCCUUAACGUGUACCUGGCACUCUAUGCUUACAAGCCCCAGAAGAAUGAUGAGUUAGAACUACGCAAAGGUGAGAUGUACCGCGUCCUUGAGAAGUGUCAGGAUGGCUGGUUUAAGGGCACAUCUCUGAGGACUGGGCUCUCAGGAGUGUUCCCUGGCAACUAUGUGACACCCGUCUCCAGGGUUCCCAUAGGAGGGGGUCCACCCCCCAGGAAUAAUUCAGUUGGAGGAUCUCCACUGGCCAAAGGGAUGGCUACAGCCAUCCAUUUAGGUGGUGGAAGUCUGAGCAGCCCAGCUUCUGCCUCCAGGUCCAGUCUGGCCCUCAGUGGCCAGCAGCACCCGGCCUCCCCCCUGUUGGGCACUUGUCUGCGGCACUCAGCCCAGCUGGCAGCCAGCCAAGCCCGGAGCACCAUCUCUCCAGCUGCCCACGCUUCAGCUCAGGCUCAGGAUCGACCAACGGCCACAGUAUCACCCCUGCGCACUCAGAACUCUCCAUCCUGCCUGGCCACUGCCAGCCUCAGGCCUCACUCUGUGGUGUCCCCACAGCACACCCACCAUCCCCCCUUGCAGACACUGGCUGGAGCCCCGGGUCCCCGGUUCAUCAUCCCACUUACAUCAGCAGCAUCAGCCAUCACCCCUCCCAAUGCCAAUGCAGCCACCCUCGGGGAGACUGGAGGGGUUCCUAUAAGUGGCCCAUCAACAUCCAGCCCCACCAAUACAGGAUGCAAAGCAGAUGAGAAAAAAAGUGAAAAGAAAGAGAAGAAGAGUGGACUAUUGAAACUUCUGGCUGGGGCAUCCACCAAGAAGAAAUCACGCUCCCCUCCUUCCAUCUCUCCGACCCAGGACCCCCAGCUGGCCGUGGAUGUCUCUCUCCAAGGCGCAGCGGGGCCGGAUGUGUCUUCACUAUUCAUGCAUGGCAGGGCAGGGUCCUGCCCCAUUGAGAGUGAGAUGCAGGGUGCCAUGGGGCUGGAGCCCCUGCACAGAAAGGCCGGCUCCUUGGAUCUGAACUUCUCUUCCUCUCCUACCAGGCAAGCGCCUCUGUCCAUGGUUGCUCUUCGCCCCGAACCCAAACUGCUUUCCAGGGAAAGGUACCGUGUGGUGGUCUCCUACCCACCCCAGAGCGAGGCAGAAAUUGAGCUGAAGGAAGGGGACAUAGUCUUUGUGCACAAGAAGAGAGAGGACGGCUGGUACGAGGGCACCCUGCAGCGCACUGGCCGCACAGGUCUCUUCCCGGGCAGCUUCGUGGAGAGCUUCUGACGCACGCUCGCCACAUCCACGCCUGGGCCUCUCCGAGAGUCUCCAGGUGCAGGGACAGGGCAUGUCUGGAUGGGAAGGAGCUCCAGGGUAUGGAGGCAGCCGUGCCUUUCCCUCAAAGCCAAUCAAGAGUUGCUCCAGGGUGCUCUCCGGCACAUGUCUCCCUCCGUGCCAUCUAAAGACACAUUCUUGAAGGGGAAGAAGCUCACACCACUAGACUCUGCUGUGACCUGCUGUGCCCAGCCUGCUGGCAGCCCUGUAAGGGCAUGGCGUGGGCAGGGGCAGGGCCACAGCAUUCAAGCAAUGACCCGUGCUUGCCUGAGGUCCCCCUGUGCUCCAUCACCUCUAUAUACCUCAGUCACCCACCACCUAGAUUCUCGGCAAGGUUGUCCCUGGCAAAGGGUCUUUGUAGGCCAGCAGCACACUGAUGGGCCUGAGCAGAGGGACUGGGCGUGGCUUCCUCUCAGUCUCUUCAGCACCACUCCUGCCAGUCUGUUCACAUGGCUUCUUUCCUACAGCAUCUUUUUAAUGCAAAGUUGUAGACUUUAUAUAUUCCAAAUAGGUCCUACAUUGCCUAUUUUUCAUACAUCUGGUGCUGCCUUUUUGUAAAAUUAGUAAUGAUUUGUUUGAAUUGAAAGAAAAACUGAAGAGACAUCAGCAGGCAGACUUCUGUAUUUACCGUGAUGUGUCUGGAGAGCUCACAACGGCACUCAGCAGGGAGACACCCCAGGGUCAGGGGGCUUAGAAAAGGCCACUUCCUAUAAACCUGACCAAAGGCCCUGGUUCUGCCUAGACAGAGGUAACUAUUAAUCAGGACUAGAGCAUUUCAAGGAAAGGCCACUAGAACUGCCUCUUGUGGAUCAGUAAAAAAAGCACAUGGAUGUGGCGCUCAGCCAGGCAGGGGACUGUCCCAUGUGUUACAGUAGAGGGCAUGACAACUUCAUUAGCAAAUUAGCAUCAUCAAAACAAAGCUGUUUUCUCUGAAAAAGCACAGUUCCUAGCCGGUGGGGUUUACUACCUUGUGAAGGCUUUUUGUUUUAAUCCACCUGCCCAGCAGGCAGUGGGAGCUGAGUUAGGAGGCAGAAGUUGCAGCAAGAACAGGUGCAGGAGGCAGGGCUGGUGGGGAAGGGUGUGUGUCGAGGGGCAUACAGCUCUGGUAAAUGGGAUCUUCUUGAGGUGAGACCCGCAGAACCUCUCCUGAGCUCCACACCAGGUUCCCUGGAGCCCGUCAGGAAGCACAGCCUCAAGAAAACACAUUGACAGUGCAGAUCAGAACCCUGCUCCGAGUUUCUCACCAGCCGAGUAUAGAGGAAUAAACUCUUCUGAUGACACAGGCCUGUCUGGUUGUUAGAAUGCCACAGAGCCGAGACGGCCCUGCCCUCUACUGGCAUGAUGCCUCAAACCCACCGAGCGGUUCCCCUUUGGAAUGUGGCUUGGCUGUUUGCUGCUGCUUCACAUUACAGUGUGACAGUACAGUACAGUGACAGGACGGUACUUAAAGACAACUCCUUUCCUCUCCAGAAGAUGAUAGUCUUAACAUAUUUAAGGACUUUUUCCUUAUACAGUUCUAGGAGAUACCCAUUUGCCAAGGGUCACCAAAUUAGUUGCCUACCAUGCACAAAUUUAUGUGCCUUUAAAACCAUGUCAUCACCAAGACCCUGCAAACAUUAACAUUAACAUAAACAUUAGACUGAGAAGCUGAGAAGUGUUUUUCUCCAACAAAGCCAGAAUUAAAUGGAAUUUCUCAGAGAAAAAGGAAAAUCUCCCUCUCUCUCUCUCUCUCUCUCUUUUUUUCAAAUUAAGGCAGUUACUAGGCAACAGUAUAUUUAGAUCUACUUGCCUCUUACAACAUGCUCUACAGAACUCUGGGUAACUAGGAAUUAUUGACCAGCCCUAAUGAUGUGGGUGAGGCCAGCAGCAGGGCUGAUGAAACUCCCCCCACCCCCACCCCCACCACACACACACACAUACCCGCAGAAAGUGUGGCUUGCAGCCAGGUGUGACGCCAGGCCUUGGUUCACCAGAGGCAACCUGAUGUGUUCCCAGUGUCACUGCUAUUUCCUUGAGACACGGAGAUGCCAUAGGCCCCGCAAGUUUCAGAGGGCAGAUACUGACCAGCCUGAGCUCAUAGCUGAGAUUUUCAGACACAGACCCACCAUCCUUUGUGACCAUUUAACCCAUCAACUAGCAGGAGCAGAAUUAGACCCUAUUCAGGCUCUCUUGCCUCAAAGGAUAAAAUCAUUUUGUUGACUAAGAUGAAACACUAUAGCUAAAACCCUGUAGUCUAUACUGGCCCAGUGACUUGAAUGUCUUGGUUGUACGGUGGCAUUUGGUGGCCGAGGUGACUUUGAAGAACCCGGUAAAGCCCACUGCUACCCUGAGGGAAGACAGUGGACAUAGAUGAUAAGGGUGGCUCAGACACAGGCUGGAGACAGGGAACUAGCCACGGGACUGCCAGGCUUCAGUCUCCCACUCUUGGGGAGUGGCUGGACAAUUGUUUGUACUUUGCACAAUUCACACCACACGCACACACACAUACACACACGUGUUAUACACAAAUGUCAGUGUGCAACUUUGAAAGAAUUGACAGUGAUGACAAAGUAUGAUGUCUGUGUUUCUGAGUCUAAAUAAAAGUGAACAUGAAC